UUCACAAUCUUUAAGAUAAUUAAUGUCUGCAUUAAUUCUGACUGAACUUUUCCUCUCUGGGUUUAUGGUAAAUUCCACAUACAAGCGCAGAACCCAUCUAGUUCAAUCUUUCUCCGUUGUUUUCCUCUACUGGUUCUACAACUACAUUUCAUGAUCUCUCCUUUUCCCUCCUUUUUCU